UCCAUAAUGGCUGAGGGUGAGGCCCUGGUGCAUAUGAGGAUCAGUCUCUGGCUGCUAUGGUUUGGGGUGUUUUUGGUCCUUUCUGGAUUAUCCCAGGUCGGGCACUUCCAAUAUCACAGCCUCCCAGAAGUGGUGAUUUCCAUGAUGUUAACUGGAACUGGCAGACAUAUGAAGGCUUCAGGUUGGCUCUCCUACAACAUGAACUUUGGGAGCCAGGGGCACAUUGUACACGCAAAGACCAAGAAGCUGUUGGUACCCAGGCAGUUGUCUGUGUUUACCUACACAGGCCAGGGUGCUCUCCUCAAAGACCACCUUUUCAUCAUGAAUGACUGCUAUUAUGAUGGUUAUGUGGAGGGGGACUCAGGAUCUCUGGUUGCCCUCAGUACUUGUUUUGGGGGCUUUGGAGGAAUAGCGCAGAUAAAGGACAUUACUUAUGAAAUCAAGCCCAAAAGAUUCUCUGACUCAUUAGAACACCUGGUAUAUAAAGUGAACAGUGAAAAGGCACAGUCCCAACCCCUGAGAUGUGGCUUAUCAGAAGAGGAAAUUGCAAGACAAUUGAAGCUUCAAGAGAGUGAAAAUUCCACUCUGACACAAGGCACCAACGAUGCAUGGUGGACCCAUAAGUGGUUUAUUGAACUGGCAGUGGUGGCAGACUAUAAUCUAUUCCUUCAUUGCAACUGUAAUAUCUCAAAAGUGUGGGAGACUGUUUUCGAUAUUAUCCAUAAAGUUGAUUCAAUUUAUAGCCCAUUGAGUGUUGAAAUCACUUUAUUAAUGCUUCAAAUCUGGAAUGUAAUAAACCCAUUUCCACUUAUUAGCUCAUCUAAAUGCUAG